CGGGGGAGCGCUGGUUGGACCUCGGUGAUCAGGCCGGCAGCAUGGCGGAGCUGAGAGAGCGGAGGUCCGAGCGGAGCAGAGCGGAGCUGGAGGAGCACCGCGGCUCUGAGCGGUCAGCGCUGCUCCUCAACCUGCUGACCGCUCUGUUUUACGGACUCAGCUCCUUCCUCAUCGUCGUGGUCAACAAAAGCGUCCUGACCAGCUACAGGUUCCCCUCAUCUCUCUGUGUAGGGAUCGGUCAGAUGUUGGCCACAAUGGUGGUGCUGUGGGUGGGAAAAGCUCUGAAAGUUAUACAUUUCCCUGAUUUUGACAGAAAUCUCCUGCGCAAGACUUUCCCUCUUCCUCUGCUCUACGUGGGGAAUCAGCUGACUGGCCUGUUCGGAACAAAACAAGUCAAUCUGCCGAUGUUCACGGUUCUCCGGAGGUUCUCCAUCCUCUUCACCAUGCUGGCUGAGGGCUACCUGCUGAAGAAGACAUUCUCAUGGUCCAUUCAGGCUACAGUGUUCACUAUGAUCUUCGGAGCGUUCAUCGCUGCCAGCACAGAUUUGGCUUUCGACCUGCAAGGAUACAUCUUUAUCACCCUAAACAAUCUUCUUACCGCAGCCAAUGGAGCAUACAUGAAGCAGAAACUGGACUCUAAGGAGCUGGGUAAAUAUGGGCUGCUGUAUUAUAACGCUUUAUUCAUGAUUGUCCCCAUCGUGGCUUUAGCAUAUUACACUGGAGACAUUGACAAAGCUGUAGAGUUUGAUGGAUGGACUGAUGUGGUCUUUAUUGGUCAGUUUAUUCUGUCCUGUGUGAUGGGGUUCAUCCUGAUGUACUCCAUCGUUCUGUGUACGCACUACAACUCCGCCCUCACCACCACGAUCAUCGGCUGCCUUAAGAACAUCCUGGUGACGUACAUUGGGAUGGUGUUUGGAGGAGAUUAUAUCUUCACCUGGUUAAACUUCAUCGGAUUGAAUAUCAGCAUUGCUGGAAGUCUGGUCUACUCCUACAUCACCUUCAGUGAGGAACACAGGAAGACUCAGUAGUAUGAGCUGGCUGAAGCUGACUGGCUGAAGCUGACUGGCUGAGGCUGACUGGCUGAGGCUGACUGGCUGAAGCUGACUCACUGGCUGAAGCUGACUCACUGGCUGAAGCUGAUUGACUGAAGCUCACUGACUUUCUGAAGCUGACUGACAAACAUAUUGGCUGAUGCUGACUGUCUGAAGCUGAUUGUCUGAAGCUGACUGACUGAAGCUCAUUGACUCACUGAAGCUGACUGACUGACGCUGACUGACAGAUUGGCUGAAGCUGACUGGCUGAAGCUGACUGACUGGCUGAAGCUGACUGACUGAGUGAAGCUGACUGACAAACAGAUUGGCUGAAGCUGACUGUCUCAAGCUGAUUGUCUGAAGCUGACUAACUGAAGUUGACUGACUUUCUGAAGCUGACUGACAAACAGAUUUGCUGAAGCUGACUGACUGGUUGAAGCUGACUGUCUGAAGCUGAUUGUCUGAAGCUGACUGAAUUUCUGAAGCUGAUUGACAAACAGAUUGGCUGAAGCUGACUGACAAACAGAUUGGCUGAUCCUGACUGGCUGAAGCUGAUUGGCUGAAGCUGACUGAUUGACUGUAGCUGACUGACUGUCUGAAGCUGACUGAAGCUGACUGACUGAAGCUGACUGACAAACAGAUUGGCUGAUGCUGACUGGCUGAACCUGAUUGGCUGAAGCUGCUUGGCUAAUGCUGAAUGGCUAAAGGGCUGAGGCUGAUUGGCUAAAAGGCUGAACCUUACUGGCUUAAGCUGAUUGGCUGACUGAAUUGUAUCCCAUAGUGCCUUUGUACUAUUUACCUCGGACCAAAUGUUUAGGUUGUUAUUUGUAAUCACACUAAAUCGUGUAAUUUUUUUUAUCAUGCACAGUGUAUAAAAUAUUUUAUACUGUUGAAGAUCAACUUUAUAUUGUUCAGGAAAAAUCUAGUUUAGGGCAGUAAUCAUAGAUUAGACAUUAUGUUUUGACUGUCUGUAAUUUGUAUUAUGUCAGUGCCUGUGAUAUAAGUUAAAUGAUCCCACCUUGAUGAAAUAUUUCAAACCUACUCAAUAUAAUGGAUUUUGUAAUAUUAUGUUUCACGUUAAUUAAACCUGAGUGCUCUGUCAAACAAGCAUGAGUCAACCUGAUCAACUGAAACAAAAUGCUGCAUAAUAAGGACAUAUUUUACGAUUUAAAAGUUUAUCAAUCUAUUAUGAAGUUUCAAAAAAUCAGAUUGUAUCGUUACCAUAUUUUUUAUACAGUUACAAACUGUUAUGGUAAAACACUUAAUGAAGUGAUCGGUUUGAAUAUAUUGUUGAUCAUUUUAUUGUAUUUUAUUCCGCAUUGAGUCUUUACAUUUGUGUAGUAAAUGGUAAAAUAUUUUUUUGUUUUUCUAACUUAAAAUAAGUUUGUUAGCACACAUUCUCUACAAAGAACAUGCCAUUGUUUUUGCACAAUGUCUAUUGUUAUUUCAACUAUUUGUAACUUCUACACAGAUCACAUUUGGUUUUAUUUUUUUCCCAAUGUGUUAAAUUUAGUAAAUAAACAGUAACUAAGA